AUGCUGAGUAUGAAAGGGAACCGGUCUGUAGAGCGUUUGAACAUGGCCGUCUUGUACUUUCUAUCAAGCGUGUUGAUUGGUCAGAAAAGAAAAGGAGCGAAAGCACCCUCUGUUGAGCCUUUCUUUCUGAGAGCCGCUAAUGAUCUUGAGUUGUGCAGAACAUUUUCUUGGGGAAGAUUGGCGUUUGAUGCGAGUAUGAGGGACUUGUACCAUAUGCUUGACCAUUUCAAUGGAGUUCCAAUUCCUUAUUGGGGUUUUCCGAGUUUCAUCACUUCGUUGGAGUUCCUCCCAUAUGAGGCAAUAAAAAGCGUGAAGCAAAAUUGCCGACAAGACGUUAUAGGAGCUCACAGAGAGUGUCCUAGGAUGUGCAAGAGUAUGUUUAAACCAAUCUCCAUGAGAGGUUGGCCUAUUCCGGAACUGAAUGAAGCAUUAGGUACCUCUAAGGACAUAGACAGUUUUCUGGAACCAACUGUUGAUGAAGAAAUGUUAUUGGCCCGAAUCACGGAUGACUUAAAUCUGGUGGAAGAUGCCAUUGAUCCUAUAGUUGACGGAUGGAAGCAGUGUCUAAUGGUGGAACGGAAGCGGAUUUGCUUUGAAGAGCUGUACAACAAAGAUAUUGCUGGGCGUGCAGGAGAAGACGUUGAUGAGGAAGAAGUUGAGAAUGAGAAUAAUAUGCCUGCGGCUGAGGAUCAUGCGACUGAGGAUCCAAUGCCUGAGGAUCCAAUGACUGAGGAUCAUGCGAGUGAGGAUCAUGCGACUGAGGUUGGAAGUGAGAUUCUAGUGGCGCUUGAGAAAAGAUUGUUAGAAGCUCUGGAAAAUGGGCUUAAGAAAGUCAAUGACCAUGUGGAAAGUCUGGUCAGUAACUUGGAUUCUAGAAUCAAAGAUGUUGAGAAGCUUGUGAAAGAGAGAAGAGAAGAUGGUUCUGAAGAGGGAGUUCGAGAUGGAGUCGGAUUUGAAGUACAAGAUGAUGGAGGUUUAGGAGGUGAGAAAGAUGGAGAUGGUGCCGGAGGUGAGAAAGAUGGAGAAGGUGAUGGAUCUGGUGAUGGAGGUGGUGAUGUAGAUGGUGCUCGUUUAGGAGUUGAGGAUAUGGAGGUGGAACCAGAAGAAGAAGAACGAGAGCCGAGGUAUGUAGAUGGUUCUGAAGAGGGAGUUCGAGAUGGAGUGAGAGUUGAAGCUGAAGAUGAUGGAGGUUUAGGAGGUGAGAAAGAUGGAGACGGUGUUGGAGCAGAAGAUGAUGAUGGAGGUUUGAGAAAUCAAAAUGAUGGAGGUGGUGAUGGAGGGUUUAUAGGUGAAAAUGAUGGAGAUGGAGUCGGAGUCGGUGUUGGAGCGGAAGAUGAUGGAGGGUUAGGCGAAAAUGAUGGAAGUGGUGAUGGAGGGGGUGAGGAAAUGGAGAUGGAAGCAGAAGAAGUAGAAGAAGAAGAACGACCACCGAGGUAUGUAAACGGGAUGCUUGUAGUUGACGACGAGCCUUUGCUUGUUUCAGGAAUUAGAUGUAGUGAAGUAAGGAUGGUGAUGGGAAAAGGAAUUCAAGGGAAAGGAGACAUGGGAGCACAAGUAAAAGGACAAGAGGUGGAUGUGUGA